CAAAACCGUAUUCCGUAUUCCGUACACUCGCGGAUUCCGUACACGAAGCUCGCGGAGGAGGCACGUGAAAAUUUCCAUCGCCAUCGCGUUGCACGCACCACCAUCAAUCAGAAGCUACGGUUGUACACCAUGGAGGCCACCGCCAACCCACGCAUUACCUGCGGUUACCUCAACUCUUACGUUGGGAAGAAUGUCAUUAUCGUUGGCAGAGUGGUCCAGCUGCGCGGCGAGGAGGCAAUCGUCGAUGCUGAUGGCAACAUCACGGCCCACCUGAAUCGCGAAGCACACCUCUCCGCAGGAAACGGCGUCCAGCUCAUUGGCAAGGUGAAUCCAGACCUCUCAAUCAAGGUGCUCAGCUCCAUGGAUCUUGGCACGGGCGUAGACUACAGCCUGGCCAACACCGUCGUCGAGAUCUCGCACCAGCAUCGGGGUCUCUUUGCUUACGACUAGACCGAGGUAGCCUGGCAGGACCGUGCCAAAGAGAUCUGGGACGGAGUAGUCUCGCAUCUCGCCUCUCAUCUCGGAGCUGUCGGUCAUCACCUCCGGCUCCAGGUGCAAAGGCAAGGUGCGGUGCUGGCCGGCCGCAGAAGGGCAACGAGUCGAUAACUCUUCAGCCGGGCGCAUCUGCAGGAAAUUUUUUUGCCAUGGUGAAGAGCUUGAUCUGAUGGUCACGAAUCGACUCGGAAACUAU